AGAAAAGAAGUCUGUUCCUGUAGCAAUAUGUCAUCAGGAUUAUAGAGAGCUCAAAGGAAGAUCAAGAAGUUCUCGCUUGCAGCGCUGUUUACGGCAAAAGAACUUCAAGGAAACAAAGAGAAAAAGAUAAGUGGUUGGAAGUUUUAGCAAUGCUUUCUAACGUUAUCUCAGCCGUGUGUUUGUCACUCUGGGUUAGUUCUUGUGUGGUGAACUCGGCUGAGGACCCAUACAUGACCAGAGCUCUGAAACUGAUGUCCGAGACCCCUCUCAUCGAUGGACAUAACGACCUGCCGUGGCAACUUCGCAAGCAAUUUAACAAUGAGCUCAACAAAGUGGAUCUGCACACUCUGAACUCAACACAUACCAACAUCAAGAAGAUCAAGGAUGGACGUCUGGGGGCACAGUUCUGGUCUGCAUAUGUUCCCUGUGAAACUCAGUACAAAGAUGCAGUCAGACAAACACUGGAGCAGAUAGAUGUGGUUCACAGGAUGUGUCAAAAAUACCCAAACGACUUCAUGUUUGCCACAAGUAGUGACGACAUCAAUAAUGCCUUCAAAAUGAACAAGACCGCCAGUCUGAUCGGGGUGGAGGGGGGUCACUCCAUCGACAGCAGUCUGGGCACCCUGCGCACCAUGUAUCAUCUGGGGGUCCGCUACCUCACACUUACACACUCCUGCAACACACCGUGGGCGGAUAACUGGCUUGUCGACAGCGGAUCAGAGCCGUCUGAACACAACGGGCUGUCUCCAUUUGGCAAGCAACUAGUUGUGGAAAUGAACCGUCUGGGGAUGCUGAUUGAUCUGGCUCAUGUGACUGUAGCAGGGAUGAACCAGGUGCUGGACAUGUCUAAAGCUCCGGUCAUCUUCAGCCACUCCUCUGCCUACACCAUCUGUCCACACAAGAGGAACGUCCCUGAUGAUGUCCUCAGGAGAGUGAAGGAAAAACGAGGGAUCGUCAUGGUUAACUUCUACAAUGACUAUGUGACCUGCAGCAAAAUCGCUAAGAUCUCUGAUGUUGCCGAUCACUUUGACCAUAUAAAGAAAGUGGGCGGAGCAGAUAUCGUUGGCUUUGGAGGAGAUUAUGACGGUGUUACAAGACUUCCAGAGGGUCUCGAGGAUGUGUCCAAGGUGCCCAAAGUGGUGGCUGAAUUGCUGAGGAGAAAUUGGACUGACACAGAGGUUAAAGCUGCUCUGGGAAACAACCUGCUCCGAGUCCUAAGUGAGGCUGAGAAGGUACGUGACAGCCUGAAAAAUACUGAGCCAGAUGAUGUUCCUAUUCCGUAUGACGAGGUGAAGAACACGUGCAGGACGAGCUAUGGGUACCAAAUCCCAGAGUCAGGAGCCAUUCGUCCGCUCAGCUCAGUGGCCCUCGUGCUCACACUCGUUCUCCAAGCUGCAGUCGUGUUAACAGCUUAAUCACUUACUUUACUGAAAAUGAUCCAAAACCUUUUGACAUUGUCACAGUUAUUUUCAUCAUUUAUCAUGUCGGGCCGAGCUGAGUUUAUCGAAUCAUCUGGCUGUUUAUUAUUUUUGUCUGUCAGAAAGAUGUCUGUUUGCAUAUGUGAGUGUAAUGAAAAAUACUCUGUGUCUUACUCUGUAACCUGAGUGCAGACACAAACACAAAUCUUCCUCAUUUCCCAGGAAGCAGAACAGUUCAUAAUAGUUCCUAUUAUUGGAAUACAGCUCCAUCUAGUGUUCUGAGACGGGAAUGCCCCUGAGUCAGCUCCACUUGUGCUGAUUUGCAUGUUUUGAAUUUCAUUUACAGAUUAAAUGCUCCCCCUCAGGAUAGGAACAUUUGACUUCAGCUUUUGCAGUGAGCAACCAUCUCACUAUGUCAAAAGGUUGUUUUUUUUUACAAUUGACGAGGACAACGAUGGUCAAACACACAGUGAUAGAGUUCCAACAUGUAAGAAUGCUAUACACUUUUGAUUGUCUAACUAGAGGAUCAGUGUGAGCCUAAAUCAAUCUCAAUUAGGUAAGACCAGCAGGUGAAUCUGUGUAAAUUGGGAAGAUAAGUCUCUGUAGUCGGGGACUCCAGAGCAAUAUAACAUUGAAAGGUGUGCAGAGCAGAUAACAUCACCAUUACAAAUCUGAUGGUUUUUUUAUUUCAAUGUCUUUUUUCCCCGCUUAAUGUCACGUUUUUAUAUUUCUUUUGUAUUUUUAUUUUUGAAUUUGAUUUAAUCUUUUCAUAUUUAAUCUUUUCUGUGAUGGUUAAAGGGUUGUUUAGGGAUUUUCAAAUGUUAGAUUCUAAUGUUUGUUUUUCUAUUUGUCAUGAUGCUUUUGAUAUGGUGUUGAAGCACUUGAAUUGCCUUGUUGCUGAAAUGUGCUAUAUAAAUAAACGUAAUUUGACUUCACUAAAUACAAAA